AUGUUCCUAAUACAGGAUUUGAAGAAGAUUAUGGACGAAAGUAAGUAUGGAGUGAUAUACUUCAGCAUGGGUUCAAACUUGCAAAGUGAUUCCUGGCCAGAGAACGUCAAAAGUGAUCUCCUGAAGAUGUUUGGGAGCCUAAAGCAGAUUGUCAUUUGGAAGUUUGGCGUGGAUCUGCCAAAUUUGACUAAAAAUGUACAUGUCCUGAAAUGGGCACCACAACCAAGUAUUCUAGCUCAUCCAAACUGCGUGUUAUUCAUCACUGGUGGUCUUCUAUCGACAACAGAAACAAUCUACUAUUGUGUUCCUAUUAUUGGUAUACCAGUAUUCGGUGAUCAACCGGUCAACAUCAAAAGGGCUAUAGUAAAAGGCAUUGCGUUAAAAGUGAAACUAUCGUACUCACUAGUCAAGGAUCUCAAAGCAGCUAUUCAAGAAAUCAUCAACAACCCCCGGUAUACGGAAACAGUAAAGACGUUAUCCGCCAUACACCACGAUCGUCCCAUGAAGCCCGUGGACGAGAUGGUGUACCGGGUGGAGCACGUGGAGAGCACGCGCGGCGCCCCGCACCUGCGCUCGCCGGCGCUGCUGGUGCCGCUCUACCAGCGACUCUAUCUAGAUCUGGCUGCACUAGUAGCACUCGCUGUUGUUGCACUUGUUAUAGCAGCUAAGAAACUGCUUUUGAAAAUGUUUUCCAAAAGUAACGAAGAUGAUAAGAAAAAAGAUAACUGA